AUUUCCCCCAAAAUUGUCUCACGUUCUUCUCCGCGUCUGAACUUCACAAAGAAAAAACCCUACGCCUCUCUCUCUCUUGUUUUAAUUGCCGCGCCAUUUCUUUUCUUUAUGGAGAAUCAAAAUACGAAGAAGCGGGAGCGAGUCGACUCGGACGCCGGUUCACCAGAGGUGAAGCGACUCAGAGACGACCUCCUUGGUUUCUUCGACGAGUCAGAUCCUGAGCCGGCGACUCAGGACCUCGACUCUUUGAUGAGGAGUUUCGAGGAAGAAAUCGCCACCGCCCCGUCUUCCACGGUGCCGGUGGUUGAUUUGACGUUGGAUCCCGGCGAGUCUCAGCCGGAGUUAGGUUAUCUUUUGGAAGCCUCCGACGACGAGCUUGGCCUGCCGCCUUCGUCUAGUUCUAUUACUUCAAAUAGCCAGGAGUUGGACGAACCGGCCGAGUUGGUUCGAUUAUCGACUGACUCGUCUGAAAUCGGCGAUUUAUGGAGGUUUGAGAAUCAGAUCCCGAACUAUGACGCUUUCGAACUGGAAGCCAGGGAUGUGUACAGCGGCGAUUCGGCCGAAGCCGAGUAUGUGGCUUUCGAUGGCCUCUUCGAGUACGCGAAUCUAUGUUUCGAUGCGUCGGAUAACUUGGACUUUCUUUGGCGGCAAGAAUCUCUGCCGGCGCAGUAGGUAGAAACGUCGCCGAUCUGUAAAUUUUCAUUUAGAUUUAUUGAAGAUGAAGAUGGAAGGAACUGUAGGACUAGACUGAUGCAGCGCCGCUGAUGAAUAUAGAAAUUGGUUCGUUUUUUUUUUCUUUUGAAUACACAGGACUGCAAUUACACAUAAUUUUAUACAGUGGAAUUAUGACUCGUCGCCAGAAUCUAAA